CACGUUUCUUCUACGGUGCAGCGGCGUCCGCGUCAAAGUUCUUCCACUUUAACAUUCGGUUGCGCGCCGUUGUACGAGACGGUCGCACAAUUUUCGUGCCAUAAACAUCGUAACCUUUUUCAUUUAUUUACGUCUAAACGCAUCAGACGCAACACCUCGAAUACGAACCCAGCAACUGCCCAAUACAAUAAAAUAGUUAAAGCCAACAACAAAAUAACCGAAUAGCUGCCAAAUAUCCCGUACACGCACACACACGCGUGCGCGCACACAAACACACAAACGAUAUGGGAUCAACGGGAUCCCAAACGGCCGCGACGUUGCGGCAGCGACAUCCGCUGUCGCUGCUCUGGCGCCUCUUCGCCGUUGUCCUCGUUUUGAACGCCUGCCAUGUACCGCUGCUGAAUGCCAAGCAAAUCUCAAACCUCGAGGACAAUGACAAAAUGUUUUUCGAUGUGGAAGAUCAGACGCCAUUCACGGGGUCUGACAACCUGCAGUCGUAUGCGCCUCUGAUCGAUGACUCCCCCGUGGAGGGCAACUGGUUCCAUCAGGGCGUCAGGCGUGUGCGUCGCGAGCUGACCCGGCUCUUUGGCAACGACGAUGUCCAUCACAGGCAGAAGCGCGCCAAGAAUCCGGCUGCGAAGAAGGCCAAGCGACAGAAUCGAGCGAUGACCCGGAAGCGGGCCUCCGACGAUGAUGAGAGCGAAAUUGGCUCCGGAACCUAUGGCGUGGAGACCGUUAUAUACCGCACACGAUUCACCGUCAACGAGCCGUACUCGAACGACUUCAAUGAUAAACAGAGCGAGCAGUUCCUCAAUCUAACCGAGGAGAUCAGCCUGGGACUGCGCGAUCUCUUCCGGCGCAGCUACGAGAACGACGACGAUGAAGUGGAUUUGCGCAGCACUGUGCUGCAAGUCGGGCCCACGAGCGACAGGUACAAGAGCUAUGUGAUCGUCAACCUGGAGAUUCCCACCAAUGUGGUUGACUUUGAGAGUAAGCUGCGCGAACAGCUGCAGCACUAUAAUCGCAUUGGCAACCAGAGCGCCUCCCUGGACGAUGAUUUCUACUUCCGCUUGACAUUGGAUAACCAGUGCAGCAAUCCGCGGGAAUUUGAUUUUGAGGAGUUCACCUGCGAGUCGGGCGAAAUCGAGAGCAUACCCUGUGCGAAAAUAUGCGAUCAGCGUGCCGACUGUGACGACGGCUCCGACGAGAGCGAGGAGAUGUGCCUGAUUCGCCGGUUCCCCAAUCCCUAUGCAGUGUCGAAGGGUACGCAGAGCCCGUCCUAUGCGGACGGGGACAACGAUGCCGACACUGAUCUGGAUGCAGACGAUGCGGAUGGCGAUUUGGAUGACGAUGGCGAUGCGGAUGGCGAUGCCGAUCUGGAUGAGGAUCAGUGCUUGUCAUUGGAUCAGCCAUUCCAGUGCAUCAGCGGCCGACCCUAUCAUAUAUCCUGCGCAGACAUCUGCAACGGCUACAACGACUGCGAAGAUGGCUCCGACGAGAACCAGGAGAUGUGCGAUCGCCGCAAUAAUCCCAGUCUCUACAAUAAGAAUGUCCCCGACUGCGAGGAGGACUUCCAGUGCGAGUCGGGCGACAAGCUGAGCACGUCCUGUCACAAUGUCUGCAAUGGCCGCGCCGAUUGCGACGAUGGCUCCGACGAGGAUCCCGCUCGCUGUGCCGGCCGCACGCCCCUGGCCCCCAGCAGCAACUCCAGCGAUUACUGCGUCAAGGACUCGUUCUUCCCGUGUCGCAGCGGCUCCAUCCCGAACAUACCCUGUUACGACAUGUGCAAUGGGCACGUUGACUGUGACGACGGCUCCGAUGAGGAGGCCGAUCUAUGCCGUCGACAGCCAAUUUGCACCGGCGAGGGCGAGAAUCAAGUGUGCCAAUAUGCGCCUCGCAACAAGGAUCCCAACGCCCCUGAAACGCCCGAACCAACAGACGAGGAAGAUGGCUCCGGCGAACCAGAGUGCCGCGGCGAUGCGACGUUCUUCUGCUACCGCUCCAAUACGCGCGUCUGCGACGAAAUGACAUGCGAUUCGAAAAAAGACUGUCCGCAUGGCGAAGAUGAGGAGGAUUGCCCCAAGGUUUGCACCGAUGAAGAGUUCAAGUGCGACGAUACCUGUUUGCCCCUGCAAAUGCGUUGCGACGGCCAAACGCAGUGUGUGGACCAGACUGACGAGGCUGGCUGCCCCCAGAACGAAAUUGAUCAGCCCAAUAUCGAUCAAGACCAAGAUCUAGACCAAGAUCAAGAUCAAGAUCAAGAUCAAGAAAAUGAACACGAACAAGAACAAGAUAGAGAUCGUGAAAAUCCGCGUAUACCCGACUCCCCGCCACAAG